AUGCAGCCGAGGUCCCACAUUCGGGGCCGUGACCCGCCGCCGCCGCCGCCGUCGGGAGGACGCUACCGUCGCCGAUCCCCGGCCCCGCCGUCACCGCGCCACCAGCGCCGCCCGCGUGACCCGCUCCCUCCCCAGCCGAAGAGGCGCAGCUCCGAGCUGCCGCCGCCGCGGCGAUACGAGGAGAAUCCGAAUCCCCUCCCCAACGGCUUCGCGGUCGCCGCCGCUGCCGCUGCCGCCGAGAGGCGUUUGCGCGGCGACAUCCUGCUGGAGGCCGGCCGCCUGGCCGCUCACUACUUGGUCGCCAAAGGCCUCCUCCCCGAGCACGUUCUCCUGGCAAGGGAGGACCCAAAUCACAAUCCCAGUUACCGCCCCGAGCCCCCCGCUCCCGUUCCUGCUCCGGUUCCAGCUCCCGCUCCCGCUCCGGCUCCGGCUCCGGCUCCCUCCAGCUACGGGAGGAAGAGAGACGAGGACGACGGCCCGAGGUGGCGGCGGAGUGGAAGUGGAGCCGGGGAUCUGGGCCGUGUCUCAAAGUGGGACGACGACAGGGAAGCCAAGAGGUCGGGGUGGGACAGGAGGAGCCACAGCUUUGAGGGGAGGCGCAAAUACAACGAUGGCGGUGGCGGUGAUGCUGACCGGGGCGGCCGCCGGACACGUGACUACAAUGAGCCAAGGAGACCACCAAUGUCAAGGUCCUAUUCGCAUAACGAUCGCCGGGCUUCUGCUGAUGGCAGAGUAGACCGAAGGAGGAGAAGCAGGAGCAGGAGCAGAAGCAGGAGUAGGAGCAGGAGCAGAAGCAGGACCAGGAGCUACUACAGUGGCAGCAGGAGAGAUCCAGAUUUGCUUGCAGGCACUCGUGAUUUGGAUCGCACCAAGGUGCCAGACUCAAGUGUUGUUCCUGCUGCUGGUGGUGAUGGAGGCGUGCACAAUGCGGAUGUCGAUGAAAUACCAAGGCAGCUGAAGGUUCCUAGUUCAGUGGUGGUUAUGGAGAUGAAUGACAGUACUGUUGAAGCUGUGGCUAUUGAAGAUAAGCAGGUGGACUCAGAGACUGCUGGACUGGAUCAUGCUAAAGGCAUGUCUGAAGGUGAGGACGGUGAGUUUGCAGAAGAGAUUUAUGAAGACGAGGAUGGUGAGUUUGCAGCCUCUGACUUGAAUGAUGAAGAUGAUGAUGAAAUGGAUGACACCCAGAGCCAACCGUCUGAUGUGCAUGUUCAUAUAUCUGAAUCUAUUGAGGAACCUGUCCAUAGACAGUCCCAGCUCAGCAAUACUGAGGAGGGAAUGGAAACUGGCAUUGCACACAUGGAUGCAUGUAUGGUAGAUCCAUUGGCAGAGAACAAUGUUUGCUCUGAAACAAGGUAUGAAAUGGAGGCUCCACAAAAUGGAGCUGAAACUGCUGUUGGUGAUCUUUAUAGAGAUGAACAAGAGCAACCAUUGACAGAGGAUAAUGGUUGCUCUGAAGUAAAGUAUGAGAUGGAGACUCCACAAAAUGGAGCUGAAACUGCUGUUAGUGAUCUUUAUAGAGAUGAACAAGAGCAACCAUUGACAGAGGAUAAUGGUUGCUCUGAAGUAAAGUAUGAGAUGGAGGCUCCACAGAGUGAAUUUGGAACUGGUGUUGGUAAUCUUGAUAGAGAUGAACAAGAGCAACUAUUGGCAGAGAAUAAUAAUUGCUCUGAAGUAAGGUAUGAUAUGGAGGCUCCACAAGGUGAGGUUGAAACUGGUGUUGGUGGUCUUAGAGAUGACCAAGCGCAACAAUUGAUGGUGACCGAUGCUUACUCUGAAUUAAGAUAUGAAACAGAGACUCCACAAACUGAAGUUGAAACUGUUGUCGGUGAUCUCAGUAGGGAUGAGCAAGAGCUGCCAGCUUGGUACAAAAUUUUCGAUCUCAAUGUCAUUGAAACUCCAGUGGGCUGUGAGGUUUCCGAGAUUUCUUGUGGUCAUCCAGUAGAUGAUCUUUGUGAUUCUGUGCCUGAUUUAGUUGGUCUGGUGAACCAACAAGCAAACGAUGAUACUUCAGAAAUUCAAGGUCAAGAUGAUCAUGCAGGGGCCAAUCAAAUGUUGGAGGAUGAGUCUGAUUUGAAUAACUAUGAUCUGAACAAUGAGGCCGGCGAACAUGCACAGGAUGAUACUUCAGAAAAUCAAGUUCAAGACGAGAAUGCAGAGGAUAAUCACCUACUGGAGGAUGGGCAUGAUUUGAUGAAGUAUGAUGUGAACAAUGAGGCUGGUGAGCAUGCACAUGAUAAUCACCUGGUGAACAAUGCGGAAAUACUUCUAAAUUAUAGUAUGGUUGCGCAUACUUCAGAUAAUUGCCAUAUGAACAAUGAGAAAAUGCUUCUAAAGCAAAAUGUGGAUGAGCAACAGAUGGAGAACGAGCAGAUGCUUAUAGAUCAGGUCAAUACUGUUCAAGUUCUGGAUAGUCACCAUGUGAACGAUGAACAGUUGCUGCUAGGUCAUGGUGCGGAUGAUCAUCACCAAAUGGAGCCAAAUCCCAUGGCUUUUCCUUUGGGUGCUCAUGAUUUGGAUAAUAACUACUAUCUGAGCAGCAAGCAAAUACUUCUGGAUAAUGAUGCAGACCAACAUGCAGGAGAUAUACACCAUUUGAAGGAUGGGCAAAUUAUUUUAGAUGAGGCUGCAGAUGGACAAGCUAGAGUUCACAAUAUGCGCAAUCGGCAAACAAUCCCUGUAAUUGAUCUGGACGAUGAUUAUGCACAGCAGUCUGCCAGCAGAAAUACAGGAGAAUAUCUAGAAUCCAUAUUUUCGAAAUUGGUGUACUGGAAAGGAUGCUGUGAAUGCACAGUCGGUAACAUUGCAUUAAUCUAUGUGAUCCAUUUCUUCAGGUGA